AUGGAAGACUCAGACCCUCCAAUCUCAUUUCCCAACUUUGCUCCAUCACCAUCUGCUCGAUUGCCUGAUUCCGAACGUCUGAUCGGCGUUCCUAUCCCUGUUGGUAGUGAGACUGUUGGAAACGUUCCAUUCGAUCUAGAUCUAUAUAAAGUGCCUGGAUUGCCGUUGUUCUACAUCCGCGACUUCGUAACUCGUGAAGAGGAACAAUACCUGAUGAGAAAGGUUGAAAGCGCGCCGAAGGGGAAAUGGAGAACGCUCAAUGGUCGGAGAUUACAAGUAUGGGGUGGCGAACUGACGCGAUCUAAUGCACUCCUGUCCCAACCUCUACCUCCAUGGCUGACUGACCACCCGGAUCUCAUGUCCCGAAUCGGUCGCACCGACAUCUUCGCAAAAACAAAACAGAGACAACCUAACCACGUGAUUGUGAAUGAGUACCUUCCGGGGCAGGGGAUCUUCGCACAUAAAGAUGGACCGGCUUACUACCCUGCUGUCGCUACCCUGUCUCUUGGAGGACACGGGAUGAUGCAGUAUCACGCACCGCUUUCGUCCGUCCCUGCGUACUCGCUCUUCCUCGAGCCUCGUUCGCUCGUCAUCACCACUGGCGAGCUGUACGAAGAGUACUCGCACUCGAUCGAGGCGGUAGAUGAAGAUGAUUUGGGAAAGGCAGAUAUCACCAACCUGUCUCUCUUAGGCGAUGAAUGGAGCAGGAGGGUGAAAAGGGGGGAGACUGUUCCGAGGGAGAAGAGAAUCAGCUUAACUUGUCGGGUUGUUGAGAAGGAAGCUAAGGGGCUCUUGGGGAUGCGUGGACCGAGAUGA